UCGAUAUUUUGGGGAGCCAGUUUGUUUACUUCUACAAGCUGUGUGAGGAAGAGAGCGAAUUUUUCUUCCCUCUCUUCUCCCUCUCUCCCUCCAUGUCUAGGUACAGGAUCUUCUCCCCAAGCAGGGCCACAGAAGUAGUUGAUUUUAAUUACUAUUACUGCCAGUGUAGCCCAGUCCAGCCCAAGUAGCCCAAUCCACCCCAACAAUCCCAAAAUUAGCCCAAUAUACCCAGAAUUCCUUGUAUAAUAGGAAAACCACCAUUUUUACCCUUAAUACCCAGCACAGGUACCCUAAUCUACCCCAAAAACCCUAGAAAUUGUCCAAAAUACCCUAAAAAAAUCUCAAAAUCCAGCCCAAUACUUAAAACACUGAAAAACCGCCCACAGUACCCACGUCUAGCCCAAAACACUCCAAAAACUAGCCCAAAAUGCCAAAUAAACCCAAUUCUCGCCCAAUACACCCAAAAAAACACUUAAAAAUGUUGAAAUCUCGCCCAAUAUAUUUCAAAACAUUCCAAAACUAGCCAAAUUUAACCGCAACACCCCAAAAUUAGCCCAAAUGCCCCACAAACAUCUCAAAACUAGCCCGAUCUACGCCGGAAACCUCCCUUACUAGUUUAAUGUACCCGAAAUAUCCCAUUACUAGCCCAAAUUUCCUGAAAAAUAGCGCAUAUCUCUUCAAACUAGCCCAAAGUGCCCAGAAACGCCCAGAUCUCCCGAAACUAGCCCAAAGUAUUAUAGAUGAUCCAAAAACUAGCCCAACGUAGCGUAAACUAGCCCAAAGUGACCGAGAAAGAAGCCCAAACACCCUGAUAACUAGGAAGAUCACCAGAAUGUAGCCCAAACACCCUUGUAAGUAGCAAGAUCCCCAGAAAGUAGCCCAAACACCUCAAAAGUCGCCAAAAUCCGUUAAAACUAGCCCAAGUACCCCUGAAACAAGCCUAAACACCCAAAAAUAGCCGCCCCCCAAAAAAAUCUAGCCCAAACACCUAAAACCGCAGAAUCUAGCCCAAGCACCCUCAAAGCCACCAAAAACCGCAGAAUCUAGCCCAAACACACUCAAAAUCACAAAAACCCGCAAAAUCUAGCCCAAGCACACUCAAAGCCACCAAAAACCGCAGAAUCUAGCCCAAACACCUUUAAAGUCCAAAAACCGCAGAAUCUAGCCCAAAUACCCAAAAAGCCACCAAAACCCGCAAAAUCUAGCCCAAACACCCUGAAAGCCACCAAAAACCGCAGAAUCUAGCCCAAACCCUAAAAAAUCACCAAAACCCUUAGAAUCUAGCCCAAAUACCCCAAAAAAACCGCAAAAUCUAGCCCAAACACCCCCAAAGCCACCAAAAACCCGCAGAAUCUAGCCCAAAUAUCCAAAACUAGCCCAAAAAACGGUAGAAAAUAGCCCAAAUCCCCUGAAAAUAGCCCAAAUGCUCCCUUUAGUAGCGUAGAUCGUGUUGGUGGCCCGGCCCGCCUUGGAGUGGCUUGCUGUUUGUGUGUUCAGGAUUUCUAUGAAUGUCGGAAGGCCUGGGGACCUGCCGGCUGCCCUUCUCCAGUUGCCUGGGGCCUGCGGCUACUGACGACGGAGAAGAUAUUGCAGCCUAUGUCAAUAUGGCACGUCAGCCGGUCAUUGUCAACGUAUACGACAUGUACUGGAUAAAUGAAUACACAUCUUCCAUUGGUCUUGGGGUGUUUCACUCAGGUGUGGAGAUCUACGGCACAGAGUUCGCCUAUGGGGGGCACCCUUUCCCUUUCUCUGGGGUAUUUGAAAUAACACCGAGAGACGCGGAGGACCUUGGUGAUCAAUUUAAAUUCAAGCAGAGCAUCCACCUCGGGUAUACGGAUUUCACAGAGGAUGACACCAAGCGGAUUGUGGCCGAGUUAGGAAAGGAGUUCCGUGGAGACAGGUACCAUUUAAUGAACAAGAACUGCAACCAUUUUUCCUCGGCUCUUACUCAGAUCUUGGUGGGGAAGGAGAUACCAACUUGGGUGAACCGGUUAGCUUAUGUGUCUUCCUGCGUGCCCUUCCUACAAAGAUGUCUGCCCAGGGAAUGGUUGACCCCUGUUGCCCUCCAGCAGAGCAUUGACCACACGUCUCCACCACCCGAGUCCCCGUUAGACUCCGCCAUUGACUCGGCACUUGAUUCAACGCUGUCUUCCCCGACGGACAGUGGCAAUGGUGCAGGGUGCAGUGCGGGGUAUCAUCACCGCCACCAUCACCACAGACACAGGAGAAGCAGCCCCCAGCCUCGUUUUGGGAGGGCCACUGCUGGAACGUCACACUUAAAUUUGAACUCUCACACGACCUCACAUUCUACGUCUCAUUUGCAGUCCGGUGGGUCGCGGAAAGGGUCGCAGCAUCAGCCGUCUGCCUCAGCCUCUCAUUCAUCACCUCCUGCGUCACACUCAAGGAAUUCACUUUAGUUUUUCUUGGUUUGGGUGUGUUUGUGUGUGUGUGUAUGUGGUGUCAAUUUUUUUUUUGUUUUUUGUUUUUUUUCGCUUUCACGUCGAGAAUUUCUCAUGUCAGUCGCGAUGUUUAGUUUUUUUUCAUUCCCUGUUAAUUCUUUUUCCAUUUCCUUGUCGCAGUUUUCCUCUUUUAUCUCAUUUUCUUGCCUUUUUUUGAGUUUUCGUCGCCCGUCAACUUCUCCGAAUGUAUUUUUUUCGUUCGUUUUUCUGUAUUUUGGAGUGCGUCUGUCGGCAGUCUCUCUAAAACGACCUUUCCGAGUGCAAAUUUUGAGCACCACCCAAAAGUGUCUGUCGAGUGUGGAAAUCGAGUGAGUUUUUAAUUUUUCGACUAUUUCCUCAUUGUCAUCUCGAUUGUCGUUCCCGAGUGCAUAUCUCGAGUGCAGAUGUCGAGUGCGCCCCUUGGUCUGCGUAUCGAGUAUGCGUAUUCGAGUGUGUCCAUCGAGUGCAUCAAGUGAGAUUUCGAGUGCAUUCGCAAGUCAGGAUCUUGAGCGCGUUCCUCGAGUGAAGCCGUCGAGUGAGACCUUGAGUGGAGACCUCGAGUGCAUCCUUCAAUCCAUGUCCUGGGAGUGCAAAUUUGGGUGCGAAUGUUGAGUGCGACUGUUGAGUGCGACCCCCAAAUUUCUUUUCUCAAGUGUGCAGUCGAGGGUGUGGCUUGAGUGCAGCUCCUCAGAUCCUUCGAGUGCAAAAUCUCAAGCUGGUGUUUUGAGUGCGGAGUCUCGGGUGCGGAUUUCAGAAACUUGUUCGGAAUAUUUGUUUUGUUAUUGUUGUGUGUGUGUGUGUGCGUGUGCGUGUGUGUGCGUGUGCGUGUGGAGUUUAUACAGUGCCAUAAGUACAGAUCUACAGUUUUGAUGGUAAAAAAUGCAAAAAAAAGUAGUAGUUAUCGUUAUAUUAAUAGUACAAAUACUACUACUACUACUAUUACUACUACUACUGUUACUACUACUUCUACUAUUACAAGAGAGAGAGAGAGAGUAAGAGAGAGAGAGAGAGAGAGAGAGAGAGAGAGUCUUCCUUUUGGGGAAAUUCGUUUAAGUGAAAGAUUUUGGAAAUGUGGUUUUUUUUAAGAGAAAACGGGAAAAUAACAGAAAAUGGAAAUCUAAUGGUGAGCUAUUUUGAACUUGAAGAGGAAACAGAAAAAUAAAUGAUAAUAAUAAUAAUAUAACUUGAUGAUAAAUGUCUUAAAAUUGUUUGAAAUUGAAAGAAAACGGAGAAAUAGAAAAAAAUGAUAAACUAUUAUAAAAAAAAAUAAUAAAUUGAAAAUAUAACAAAAAAAGGAACUUAUUAAUAAUUCAAGUAUAGAAAACGAAAAAUAAAUUAUGCUAAACUAUUAUAAAUGAAAAAAAAGGAUAUUUUGAAUGGAAACGCAAUGAAAUAGAAAAAAAAUUAUUAAUGAAUGAAUAGAAACACAUCAUAGAAAAUUAAUGAAUAAAUUUAGACGUAAAAGAAAAGAAAACGGAGAAAAUUUUAGGGUAAACUGCAAGAAAUUGAAAGAAGAAUAAUUGAAAUGUAACAGAAAAUGGAGAAAUUAAUAAAUAUGCGAACAGAAACGAAAGAAGAAUAAAGAAAAGAAAAAAAAAUGCAAAGAAAACGAAUGGUGAUGAAUUUAAAAGUGGAAAAUAAUGAAAAAAAAUUAUUAAAUAUUUUAAACAGAAAAAAAUGCGAUAAAUAAAUAAAAAAAAAAAAGUGAAAAUCAAUCAACCUUUUAUAGAUGCAGAAAAAAAAGAAGAAAAAGAAAAUAAAUGAAAACUAUUUUAUAAAACUGAAGGUAAAAAAUAAAGAAAUAAAAAGAAUAACGAUAAUAGAUAAAAAAUAAAUAAAAAAAAAAAACACAAUAACCUAUUUACACUUACAAAAUUAAAAGAAGAAAAUAUUUUGACCUUGAAAACACGAAAACUGAAAAAAAAAUAUAUAUAUAUUGAUAAUUUUUUCUUAUCACAUUUACAGGAAAAAAAAAAAAUGAAAAUACAAGAAAAUAUUAAUUACACAUUAUUAUUAUAGAAAUUUUUAAUACUGCUGAAAAUAUAAUGAUAAUAAUAAUAAUAAUAAUAAUAAUAAUAAUGAUAAUAAUAAAGAAAAUGGAGAAAUUUAAACAUACAUAAUAAUAAUAAUAAUAAUAAUAAUAAUAAUGAUAGGAGGUGAUAAUGUUAAAGAAAGAAAUUAAUUAAAUGCUUCUGUAUGUGAGAGAGAGAGAGAGAGAGAGAGAGAGAGAGAGAGAGAGAGAGAGAGAGAGAGAGUCAACAACGUGUAUAAACUUGUAAAAAAAACAUGAAAAAAAUUAUUUAUAUGCUUAAAAAUUUUCAGACGUCCAUUUUUAAAUAUAAGCAAACACACACACACACACACACACACACACACACACACACACACACACACACACACACACACACACACACACACACACACACACACACACACACACACACACA